GUUUAACACUCAGAUUGAUGCUUACCCGGGGGAAUACUGUUUUUUAAAUGGCUUCUAUCGUGUUGUCACUUCCAUCAAGCGCAAAACCGGUUCGAUUUGACUACAAACUUCUCAUUUCUUGCACAACACCUACGACAGUUGCACGGCCUUUUAUGGAUCACCCGUAUGAAGCAACAGGGUUACAAUGGGACAAAGUACCUCGGAACAAGAGGUCCAAACAGAUGGCUCAGAGGACAAGUUUAAUGACAUCAGGAGUUUUGUGGAGGAGGAACUCCAGACCAGCAUGAUGAUGGGGGUCGUGCUUGGUGCUGGCGUUGCCAUAGUCCUCAUAGCCAUCCUCAUCUUCUUCAUCCUGCGGCGGAUCCACCUAAGAAACCUAGAAGCACAGGAGGUGCCCAAGUACCGUUUUCGUAAGAGGGACAAAGUUAUGUUCUAUGGGCGAAAGAUCAUGCGUAAAGUCUCCCAGUCUACCUCCUCCCUGGUGGGUACAUCCUCCACCUCUCGACCACGCCUGAAAAAGAAGCAGAAGAUGCUCAACAUUGCCAAAAAGAUCCUGCGCUUUAAGAAGGAAGUGCCUAUAUUGCAGGCCAAGGAGCCUCCUCCCUCCGUGCUGGAGGCAGAUCUUACUGAAUUUGACGUGGCCAACUCUCACCUUCCUUCUGAGGUGCUUUAUAUGCUUAAAAAUGUCCGUGUGCUGGGCCACUUUGAGAAGCCCCUCUUUCUAGAACUCUGCAAGCACAUGGUGUUUGUACAGUUUCAGCAAGGGGAGUACGUCUUUAGGCCGGGCCAGCCAGACAGCAGCAUCUACGUGGUUCAAGAUGGAAAACUAGAACUGUGCCUUACUGGAAUGGAUGGCAAAGAAAGUGUGGUGAAGGAGGUUUUCCCUGGAGACAGUGUCCACAGCCUCCUUAGUAUUCUGGAUGUCAUCACGGGCCACCAGAAGCCUUACAGAACAGUGUUGGCACGAGCCGCCGAGGUCUCCACUGUUCUUCGUUUACCAGUAGAGGCCUUCCUGUCUAUAUUUGAGAAGUAUCCCGAGAGCCUGGUGCGAGUAGUACAGAUUAUCAUGGUUCGUCUCCAGAGAGUUACCGUCUUAGCCCUUCACAACUACCUGGGCCUAACAAAUGAGCUCUUCAGCCAUGAAUUGCAUCCCUCACGUCAGCUGCCUCCGUCUCCCCACCCGGCCCGCACCAGUCCUAGCCGCCACGGCAAGCGCUUUGGGAGUCUGACAGUGCCUGAGGAACAACGCGAAGCUGCCAUAAAAGGAGAUCAAGCCAAGGACGGCGCUACUCUUAGUCGGACCAUCUCCAUGCCUGUGGAUAUUUCUGGUAUUCAGAAAGGUCUGAGAUCAGACUUUGACAUGGCAUAUGAAAGGGGACGGAUUUCUGUGUCUGCAGAAGAUGGCAACACCCCACCCAACUUUACUCGGUCUGUUUCCCAAGACCAGCGGGAGAAGAAGGUGACCGUGGAUGAGGUUCCCUCAGGGAUUUACCUCUAUCCAGAAGAAGAGACAGGGCUGGAUAAUAUUUUCACAACUGUAACCUGUCGAUCCAGUUCAGCAUUGUUUGAGGAAGCUCAGAAAGAGUUCCUUAAGCUUAUGAGGAUUGAGGACCCAUCUCUGUUGAAUGGGAAAGUUACUUUACAUCAUGCCAAAGCUGGAGCUGUCUUGGCCAGACAGGGAGACCAGGAUGUGAGUCUGCACUUUGUUCUGUCCGGAUGCCUGCAUGUCUAUCAGCGGAUGAUAAAUAAGCAAGAAGCCGUCUGCCUGUUUGUGACCCACCCAGGGGAGAUGGUGGGACAGCUCGCCGUGCUUACUGGAGAGCCUCUUAUUUUUACCAUCAAGGCCAUUCGAGACUGUACUUACCUCAAGAUAUCAAAAUCUGAUUUCUAUGAGAUUAUGAGGGAGCAGCCCAGUGUGGUGUUGAGUGCAGCGCACACCGUAGCCAUCCGGAUGUCCCCAUUUGUCAGACAGAUGGACUUUGCUAUUGACUGGAUGGCUGUGGAAGCGGGUAGAGCCCUCUACAGACAGGACGAUCAGUCAGACUGUACGUAUAUUGUUCUGAAUGGGCGUCUGCGUUCGGUUAUCCGCAAGGCAAAUGGCAAGAAAGAACUCGUGGGGGAAUAUGGGAGAGGAGACCUUAUCGGAGUGGUGGAGGCAUUGACCAGACAGCCACGAGCCACCACUGUGCAUGCUGUAAGAGACACUGAAUUGGUGAAGCUGCCUGAAGGAACACUCAACAACAUCAAAAGAAGAUAUCCUCAGGUGGUGACGAGGCUGAUCCACCUAUUAGGACAGAAAAUUCUGGGAAACCUCCAGCAGGGUCGAGGUCCAUUCUCAGGCUCAACCUUGAGUCUGCCCAGUAUGACCACCAGUGCUGAUGUAACCAAUCCUGCUAGCAACCUCUCCACAGUAGCUGUGCUGCCAGUAUGUGAUGAAGUUCCAAUCAAUGCGUUCAAUCUGGAGCUCAGCCAUGCCCUCAGUGCCAUUGGGCCUACCUUGCUGUUAACCAGUGACAUAAUCAGAGAGCGGCUUGGAGCAUCCGCUUUGGACAGCAUCCAUGAGUACCGCUUGUCCGGCUGGCUGGCCCAACAGGAGGACAUCAAUCGAAUUGUCUUGUACCAGACUGACAACAGCAUGACCCCAUGGACUCAGCGGUGCAUUCGGCAGGCAGACUGCAUCCUUAUUGUUGGCCUGGGAGACCAGGAACCUACCGUUGGAGAGCUGGAGCAGAUGCUGGAGAACACAGCAGUCCGUGCAUUGAAACAGCUGAUCCUUCUUCACAAAGAGGAUAGCCCAGGUCCUUCCAGGACAGUCGAGUGGCUGAACAUGCGUAGCUGGUGCUCGGGGCAUCUUCACCUGAAGUGUCCUCGCAGGGUCUUUUCCAGACGUAGCCCCGGCAAACUGAGAGAAGUUUAUGAAAAGGUUUUUGAGAAAACAGCAGAUAGACACAGUGAUUUUUCUCGGCUGGCCCGAGAGCUAACCGGAAACAGUAUAGCCCUUGUGCUGGGAGGAGGCGGAGCAAGAGGUUGUUCUCACGUGGGUCUCAUUAAAGCCAUGGAAGAAGCAGGGAUUCCCAUUGACAUUGUUGGCGGAACAUCUAUUGGAUCAUUCAUUGGUGCGUUGUACGCCGAAGAGAGGAGUGCCGUCAGAACGAAGCAGAGAGCCAGAGAGUGGUCAAAGGCCAUGAACUCAGUAUUCAAAACAGUGCUGGACCUGACCUAUCCCAUCACCUCCAUGUUUUCUGGCUCUGCAUUCAAUACCAGCAUCUACAAGGUUUUUCAGGACAAACAAGCUGAGGAUUUGUGGUUGCCGUAUUUUAACGUCACCACAGAUAUCACCGCAUCCGCCAUGCGUGUUCAUCAAGAUGGCUCUCUGUGGCGCUAUGUGCGGGCGAGCAUGACCCUAUCCGGGUACCUGCCGCCUCUCUGCGACCCCAAAGAUGGGAACUUGCUUAUGGAUGGUGGCUACAUCAACAACCUGCCAGCGGAUAUUGCGAGGAACAUGGGCGCCAAAACAGUCAUUGCCAUCGACGUAGGCAGUCAGGACGAGACGGACCUCUGUAACUAUGGCGACUCUCUGUCUGGCUGGUGGUUGCUGUGGAAACGAAUCAAUCCUUGGGCUGAAAAAGUCAAGGUCCCAGACAUGGCAGAGAUCCAGUCUCGGCUUGCCUAUGUGUCUUGUGUGCGGCAACUCGAGGUGGUCAAGAAAAGUGCUUAUUGCGAGUACAUAAGACCGCCCAUCGAUCGAUUCAAGACCAUGGACUUUGGCAAGUUUGACGAGAUUUAUGACGUGGGCUUCCAGCACGGGAAGCUGGUGUUUACUGGCUGGGCCCGAGGUGACAUCAUCCAAAACAUGCUCAGGGACCACCGAUCGGCCGACUACAACGACAGCAAAAGAGUUGAUUCAUGCACAUGCCAAGGAGCCGACUUCACAGACCUUGCAGAGAUCGUAUCCAGGAUCGAGCCAGUCCAAAACUACGUUUCUGCUGAGGCGGAGGAGUCGGACUGUCUGACAGAGUAUGAGGAGGAUGGGAUGGACACUGUGAGAGAAGAAGAAAGACGGGAGGAGGAAGACGAGGCUGAAGACCCAGAGGACCAGUCCCCUGGAGAGUGGGGACCAAACGGAAUCUUCCAGAGUGAUGAGGAGAAAUCUGUGAGGCAGCGUAGGAAAUUCACCAGUGACGCCUCAGAAAUCUCAGACUGCUGACAACAAGAGGAAGAUUUUGAAGUGGAUCAUCAAGGGCCAAAAACCAACUCAAUGUGCUCCACCCCAGUUUUUUCAGGAACUCCUUUUAGUGUUUGUUUGCUCUUGAACUCAUCGUCUGUCAUUCUUUUGCUGUCAGUCACGCUGAUCCAACAAGAAGGGGCUUUUCUCUUGUCUGUCCUGCAAGAAAAGAUGGAUUUUAAAGGGGCCCUCUGACUUUAUGUACUUUUUUCCUCAAACCCCAAAGGGACGGCAAUAACCAAGCCCACACAGGAAUGCAGUGCUUGGCCGUCAAAUGGCCAGAAGAACACUACAAUGCAUGCCUCCAGAGUAUUAAGAGAGACUCUGUGUGAUGCCUGAAUAUUGAAAUAGUAGCAGGACACUGGAAGGUGGAUGUCAGCAAACUUUAGGAAGGAUUCACGCUAAUAUUGACAACUUGACUUUUCGAGUUGCAUUAGGAGAGCUGGUAAGAAUCAAUCGGGAGGAUGACAGAUGCCUAUUGGAAAUCAAAGAUGAGAGGGACUUCAGAUUGUUUCAAAAUGUGUCUUUUAAGGGAGUAGAAAAAUAAAAAGAGCGCUAACUUAGUGUUAUUUUAAUUUAUUUUAGAGUAAUGCACAAUGGCAGCUUGCUUUUGGGAGGGAUGAGUUGAGCCGAUGAAUGUCUGAUGGAACUUUGGAUCAAUGCAGCUGCUUUCAGUGAUGGGUGACUGCUAGUUUCAAACUACAGAAGCAGCCAUGCAGCUGACGUUCCAUCCCAGUGCCCCUUUUGCCAUGAGGUUUUCCAUUUUCAUCUUCACUGUACAGAAAAGCAAUGCCACCUCUCCCCCCUGUUCAUGGUCACCCUGGAACAGAUGUGAUGUCACACUCUACGGCCCCACGUUGAACUUACUUGGUCACAGUCACGACUCAAAAACAAAUUCUCAUAUGUCACUGGAACGAUAUGGACUUUGUUGUAGUAUUAUUACACCAGGUUGUACAUUUCUGAUGCUUAGGUACAAAAUCAACAUUCAAGCAGUUGUACUGUUUAUUUGCCAGUUCUGAUUUUUUUUUUUUUUAAGGAAAUUUUGAAUUUAAUAGAUUAACUGAUGGAUUUGAAUGUUUUUUGUUCUUGUUGAAUUUCCUUAAUUCAUGGUGGGGGUUUUACUUAACUUGGAAUGGUAACUGAAAUAAUGACCAUAUUCUUUUCUGAUCAUAUGCUUGGUUUUCUUUCGUUGCCCACAUUAAGAACCCAAAGCAGUAAACAUGAGGACAAAGAUAAACAAGAAAAUUAUACACAUUGGAAAAUAAAUAUGUAUGAUGCCA